UUUUUCUUCACUUUCUAUUAUUCAUUUUAGCCCAAACCCAGACAACUAAAAGCCCAAAACGGAACCCUAAAAAAUAACCCUGAAAACCCUAGAGUUUCCGAUCGACAUACUUGAUACCCUGCGCGGUCCAAAACAUUUGUAACUUCGCCAUUUUAUAUCUUAAAGAACGCAGCGGCGGCCAAGUGAGUUGGUGCGAAGAUGAGUCGUGGGGCAGCAGCAGGACCCAAGGGGAAGAAGAAGGGAGCUUCCUUUACCAUCGACUGUGCUAAGCCAGUUGAAGAUAAGAUCAUGGACAUCGCCUCACUAGAAAAGUUCCUCCAGGAAAAGAUCAAGGUCGGUGGCAAGGCUGGUGCUCUUGGCGAAUCUGUCGUUGUCACCCGCGACAAGACGAGGAUCAACGUCUCCUCUGACUCCAACUUCUCCAAGCGGUAUCUUAAGUACUUGACUAAGAAGUACUUGAAGAAGCACAAUGUCCGGGAUUGGCUUCGGGUGAUUGCUUCCAACAAGGACCGUACUGUUUAUGAACUCCGCUACUUCAAUAUUGCCGAGAAUGAGGGGGAGGAGGAAGAAUGAAGACAGUUCAGUUUUUUCUCUAGUUACCUAUCUGGUUUGUUAGUUCUUGAUAACGUGGUUUUUCUAUUUCAGGUGUCAAAUCUUCGCGCUUGUUUUGUUUUGUUUUAUUACCUUUAUUCUAUUUUCAAUGAAAUUUUGGUUGUUGAGGGUAAAAUUGCCCCUGUAUAUGAGAUGCUAUCAAAAGAUGCAUAUUUCUUUCGUGAGUUGAUUAUAAGAGCUCUUAAGUGAUCUUCUACCUUGCUAUUUCUAA